AUGAAACUCUUGAAUACAACAAGUUAUGUCUUCUCCAACAAUAUCCCAACACCGUUUCAUGAAAUCGAGAUUAAAAUCGUCAGGGUCCAGGCACUUGUUCCUGUCCCCUUCUGCUACAACGGCACUUUAGAUAUGUUGGAGGCUCCAAUAAUCACUGCACAUUUUAGAGGAGCAGAUGUUCAAUUGAACGCUCUUAACACUUUUUAUCAAGUUGAUCAUGAGGUUCUGUGCUUUGCAUUUCUGAAAAAUGGAAACUCUUCUCUUGUCAUCUAUGGGAAUGUAGCUCAACAAAACUUUUUGGUUGGCUUUGACAUAAAAAACAAUGUUACCACCUUUAAGCCAACAGAUUGUACCAAGUAUUGA